GUGUACUAUGGCUGGGAUUAUUGUUAAUCAGCAUGUCUUUAUAUUACAAUAUUUAUAGAUAUAGAUAAAAUGUUUAUCAAGCUAUUAUUGGUUACUGCAAUCUGCCUGCUCGACUUCAGUGCUGAUGCAAGUAAAUGGGAUUAUGAGAAUACUGAUGAGACUUGGGGUAUUGACUUUGCCCAAUGUAACGGUGAAAAACAGUCGCCUAUAGAUGUAUCUACGUAUAGAGCAAAAACUGAUCAAUCUCUAGGAGUUGUUCGUCGUUCUUUUUUUGAAAAACGUCCAAAAUCAAUGACUAUUGCAAAUAAUGGACAUUCACUUGUCAUCGGAGACUUCGUAGAUACAUACGAGAUUAAUGAUCCCAACGUGCUUCCAUUUACCGCCGUUCUUGGACAAUAUCAUUUACAUUGGGCUAAUACUGCCGAUGGUGGUGGCUCAGAACAUCUACUUGACGGCAAACAAUUCUUCGGUGAAUUACACGCUGUUCAUUACAACAAGAAAUAUGGAUCCGUCGCUGAAGCAGCUGACAAACCUGACGGACUCGCUGUAUUUGGUUGGUUCAUUGAUACCAAAUAUCCUCAAGAAAAUCUGUAUUUUGGAAAUCUGAUUUAUCAUUCUUUGAGAGGUGCCAGAACAGCAGGUGGUAAAAUGCAAAUCGUGCCAACAUUCUCUCUAGAAACUCUGAUUCCGGCAAAUCUCGAUUCCUACUACCGUUAUUCUGGAUCCCUGACAACACCUCCCUGCUAUGAAUCUGUGACUUGGACGGUUUUCAAGGAACCCAUUCAAAUUGAUAUGAGACAGGCUACCCUUCUGACAACCAUGUUUUACGGAGACAAAGAAGGAACAAGUCCACUGCGUCGUAAUUUCCGUCCAGUACAGAAAUUAAACGGAAGGAAAAUUACCAAACCCGCAACCUGCUACGGGAAAUAAUUUGUGCAUGUGGCCAAGGAGAUGAUGUAUACGUUACUUUAUUGAUACGUCAGCUGGCAAUCAUAGCCUAUACCGGUUAUAUGAUAUAUAUAUAUUUACAUAUUAGACAAAUAUUACUAUACAGAUAUUUUAUACACAAAUCAGAAAACAAAUUUUAAAUAUGGAUAAAAUUUUGUAAUUUUAUAAUAUAUGCAAACGUAACAUA